AUGCUAGCCCCGUACCGCAAUAGAAUGUUUCAGCGGUGGGCGCUGCGGAAGGGGAAGCGUAUGUUCCAUGCGAACUUGUGGCCGGAUGAAAAGAAGAAUUUCUACUGCGUUUUUAAAAGACAUUUCGGUGACAGUUCGAUUGAUGGAAAAGCGAACAGUAAGGCCGCCGAAGAAGUUAGGGGGAUGGAGGAACCACCAUAUCGCAAGCGCAGUAGUCUCUCCCCCAGUGAAGAAAUCAUUCAGCAUAUCCAAAACGUAUACGGAAUUUGUCCGAGUUCUGUGGAUGUAAAUAUCCAAACAAAUGGAGGAAAGGAUUUGUUCAAAGUGAGUAAGAGCUGGAGUGCCUUUUUCAAGUGUGAAAAGGAUUUAUACGACGUGAUAAAUAAAUACAUAAAGACAAAUAAAAUGGACUACCAUUUGCACGCCUACUUAAAGGGCAUUACCAGUGAAGCGGAACAGGAAGGGAGAAGUGUGAAAGGUAGACCAAUUCAAAUGGAAGAAAAAUUCUUGAACAUAUUAAUCUACAUUAUGUCUCUUUUUUAUAAAAAAAUUCAAGAUCUCAACAUUGUGUCUCUCUUAAGUGAGCGCAUGCUACAUUUACUAAACGAGGGGAUCUGUCGAAGUGAUGAUAAUGGAGAUGGCAAAUGCACAAAUGAUGACAGUUUCCUCCUGGACAAGGCUACCAUUUUAACCACACUUGAAGUGUAUAAUUAUGUGAAUGCUAUGAACGAUGAAUUAUUCGAUCGUCUGUUCUCCCUACUGAACAAAUGUUACUUGACCUCAGCACCACCGGGAAGGCCCCUCAUAAUCAGCGAUGAAGAAAUUGUGCUCAUACUGAGAAGUCUGUAUAUCCAGAAGUUUAAAAACCAUACUAUUGUGGAUACUAUCGUAAGGUCACUUAGGGACGCUCCUCAUUUGAGUGCACACCUUUCGGUGAAUUCAUUCCUUUACCUCACUUUGCUAUCCAGGAUGGAUAACGAUUCCCUUUGCAAGGUGAACUCUGCACUCUUUUAUGUCUGUCCUAUGGGGCAACUCGGAGGGGGAGACUCCAGUACUACUAUCGAAGAGAGAACGAUUAAUCCAAACGAAAAGGAACAAUCCACCAUAAGUGAGGAACUCACAUUGGAGAAUCAAAUUGAGCAAAUAAAAUUCAAAGUCCCUCUAUCAGCAACAGAUUGUAUAAAGCUUCUCUACGGAUACUUCCUCCUAGGGGAAAACCACAUUAAUUGGUUCGUCAUCCACAAACUCCUUCUGCGGUUGCAUGGGGAAUUGAAGGAUGAGGAGAAAAUCCAUUUAUUAGAGAAGGAGAAUAAGAAGGUACUGCAAAUGGUAACUAUCGUAAGGACCUAUUUAAGGUACAAAAAAAGAAGCCUUUAUGAUAAUUUGCCUAAAGGUCUCAAAAGGGUAUUAAAGAAUUUGCAGAAUCUGCAUGCAGAUGAAGAACACCAAAGAAGGAAGGACAGGAAGUUUGUCCAAAAGGUAUCGUGGCAUUUAAUAAAACUUCGUAUUGCGCAUGUAAAAAAUGGAUAUAAAGGUGGGAUCCCAUUAGACAUUUUAGAGAAGACUAAAAAACUGGUAUGGAUGUGCUUCUCAUAUCACCAGUACUACGUUAGGACCAUUGACUUAACAGCAGAGACCUUGUUGCAGAUGGAUUUACUAAAAGCCAUGAAUUAUAAAAUUGCCAAGGUGCACUAUUAUCAGUUUUCGCGCAUGAAGGCAAGGCGAACUCGAUUCGAGUACAUACGAAUGUGCCGCUACUACACGCUUCGCGAUCGACGUAAUUACGACGAUGAGUUCGAGGGUUGGAAUUUGCCUUACAUCAACUGGUACCACAGGAAAAACAAAAAUGUCCACGUGUCCAACUACUUCUACGGUUACACCCCCGUCUCGUACAUGGAAUAUUAA